AUGCAGCUAAUUAAAGUUUUUUUGUGCUGCUGUUGCGUAUUUAGUGGUCACUUUUCAAAUGGAAGCAGCAUUCACAGUUCAGAAAUCAAAUCACACCUCAUCAAUCAUACGAUGGAAUUGAUUGAUAAAGGAUUUGCAAAUAAUUCGAAUCCACUGAUCAUAUCUUCUGAUUUAGUUGAUGACCAAAUGGCAAGUGGGAAUGUCGAUUCUGGAAAACCGCUAAUCGUUAUAAAUAGUGAUCAGAAACGGAAGCAAAUCGAAGGAUAUCUUCCCAGCCAUCCUACGUACAUCCUCAGAUACGAAUCUCUGCCGAAACUGACAUCACUCAUCUUUGGGUUCAUGCGCUCAUCAACCUGCAACAUAAAGUCGCCAAUUUUCCUUCUCGACGUUUCUGAAGGGACGCAUGAUAUGGACGCUAGUAUAGCUCUUGGAUUCCUUGCAAGCCUCGAUAUUUUAAUAUCCUACUAUGUAUCUUAUGAUGACAAAAAAGAUUCAACAAUGGUCUACACUCUGAACCCUUACACACAAUACGCUCCGUCACCUUGGAAUCAAGUUAAAUUUGCAAAUGCCAAGAGCAAUAGUAAAACAAAAGCGACACUAUACAGUUUGCAGAAUCCGAGAGAUUUGAAGAACAACUAUAAAAAUAUUUAUUUUGAUAAAACUCAGUAUUUAGAUGGUCAUCAAAUAAAACUAAUAGUCCCGGUCAUUAAAAAAAAUUUACCUGAACAAGACAAGCAGAGAAAUAUUAUUGAGUACAUGAAAUAUUUCGAAAAGUUCAAAGACGUCGGAUUGUCUUCAUUACCUGAUUAUAUGACAGUAACAGCGUCAAUUAAGAUCCUCGAAAACAAUUUCAAUUUAAAAAAUAUAGAAUACGGUUUUGAUGAAAAUCUUUUCAAUCGUCAGUAUGAUGCGAAAAACGUCGCGACUCAAUUAGCUGAUACAAAUCCUAGAUUGACUGAUUUUGUGAAAGAGUAUCAUGAAAUGCACUAUUCAAUUUUGACAAUGAAGACAGAUUAUUUGACCGCAGUCACAGAAAUCCAGAUAAAUCUUCAGUUCAUUUUUAUCACACUCUUUGUGUUGUUCUUGAUUGCUGUGAUUAUAAUGAUGAACAAUAAAUUUAACGUGAGCAAAGGAAUCAUGGACAUUGUGAGCAUGUCACUGAACAUGGGGAUAAUAUCUCCAAUGGGACGUCUAUCGAUGAGGAUAAUUUAUUUUUUCGGAUUUUUAUUCAUUUUUGUGGUGAUGCCCGAAUUCCAAGGACAAAUCUCGGCCAUUCUAUCCCAACCUGCAAGACGCAAUGUCGAAACUCUAAAGGAUUUGUUCGACAACCAGUAUCAUGUGUACUACGACGGAUUAUUAGAGAAUGACAUGAUAAAUGAAAAAUUGUGGGUGACCGAAGAAGACCAGAAAUACUUGCAUCCAUCGCGUCAUUCUGAUCUGAACAAAUGUAUGAAAGAAGCCCAACAAAAUUCGACCAUUGCUUGCAUUGACAUAACUGUAAAACAACUCCGCAACGUCUUAAAGCUUCAGAAUCUCUAUGUAUCAAAGGAAAUCACGUUUAAGAAAUAUUUCGUGUUUUGGACGAAGAAAAAUUGGGCGCUGAAGGAUAAAAUUGAUAAGGUUCGUUCGAUAUCGAUGGAAACAGGAUUAAUUUAUCAUUACGGUGAAAAGAUAACGAAAAACCUAUGGAAAAGAAAAGAGAAGAUGGAGAAAAUUGAAAAAGCUGAAAACUAUGAACGGAUCGACUUUGAUAACUUGGUGUUUUAUGUCAUUAUGUUUGCGGCUACUUUGCUGUGGAGUUUGGUCAUUUUUGGAAUUGAACUCAUUGUAAACCAUUAUUACACUAAAUAUCAAAGACAGGAAAAGGAGCGACGACAGUUUAUUGAGAGAUUAAGAUCACAACCACGGACAAUUUUUUUCCCGGGCCGGGCUGGUCCUUCAAAUAGCCGCGAGUGA